GAAAGCUUCUUCUCCGUCUCUGCAAUGAAGCGUAGCAUCGGUUCCAAUUCUUCAGGCAACAGUGGGAGUAGCAAGAAGUCUAAGAAGAGCAAUCAGAAAACCCUAGGCGCCGCAUGGGGCGCCGCCUCUCGUCCUCCAUCUUCUUCUUCUCGUUCUUCUCCAUUUUCCGAUUUCGGAAGUUACAUGGAAGUGAAAAAUCGGAAACUACAGAAGCAAUUUGAAACCGAGGCUUCUAGUGGUGUUUCGGGUUCUGAGAAGCUUAUAUUCCAAGGGGUUUCAAUCUUUGUGGAUGGUUUCACCAUUCCUUCCCAUCAGGAAUUGCGAGGUUACAUGCUGAGGUAUGGUGGGAGAUUCGAGAACUACUUUUCUAGGCGUUCUGUAACACAUAUCGUCUGCAGCAAUCUUCCAGAUAGUAAAGUCAAGAAUCUACGGGCAUUCAGCAGAGGGUUACCUGUUGUGAAACCCUCAUGGAUAGUGGACUCUAUCUCUUCCAACAGACUUUUGGGAUGGGUUCCUUACCAGCUAGAUCAACUGAAUGAUACCCAGCCAAAGUUGUCUGCGUUUUUUGCACCCAGAAGACUUUCCAAUCCGCCGUUUACAUCUUCUCAACCUGAAACUGGAUACAGUGAAGCUGAAGACGGAAGUUCAAUUAUAGCAGGAGAUUCAGAGGAAUCAAGAGACCACGUUGCUGAUGAAAUUGAUGGCGUUUAUACUGAGAAGACUACCCCAGAGAUGACUGCACAAACAAUAACUCACGAUCUUAAAUCUUCUGAAGUGAAUGCAGACAUACUUGGUAGCUAUGACAACGAUGAGAAAGAACUUAGUAGUGAACUCCAGUCCACCACCAAUCUGCCUUCUGCUUCGGACAACAAAUCCUCCCAUGGAAAACCGGUUGCACCUGCUGGUGGAUCCUCUGUAAGGCGCCAUUCAACUCUCGAGGACCCCAAUUUUGUUGAAAACUACUUCAAGAAUUCAAGGCUGCAUUUUAUUGGAACAUGGAGAAACAGAUACCGUAAAAGAUUCCAUGGCUCUUUUAAUGGACUUAAAUGGGCAGAUUCUGGCCAGAAUACAGCUGAAAAUGCCAAGAAGUUAACCAUUAUCCACAUCGAUUUGGAUUCCUUCUUUGUGUCAGUGGUAAUCAGGAACCGUCUUGAAUUACAAGACAAGCCCGUAGCCGUAUGUCACUCAGAUAAUCCGAAAGGAACGGCGGAAAUUUCCUCUGCAAACUAUCCAGCUCGGGCUUAUGGAGUCAAGGCAGGUAUGUUUGUAAGACAUGCCAAAGACCUUUGUCCUCAGCUUGUUAUUGUUCCUUACAACUUUCAAGCCUAUGAAGAGGUAGCUGAUCAGUUUUAUGACAUCCUGCAUAGGCAUUGCAGAAAAGUUCAGGCGGUAAGCUGCGAUGAAGCCUUUUUAGAUGUCUCGGAUUUGAGAGAUGUAGAACCUGAGUACACAGCAUCAACAAUAAGAAGAGAGAUCAUUGAGACUACUGGAUGCAGUGCAAGUGCUGGGAUAGGCGGUACUAUGCUAAUGGCUCGCCUUGCUACCAGAGUUGCUAAACCAGCCGGUCAGUUUCAUAUCUCUGCUGAGAAGGUAGAGGAGUUCUUGGAUCAGCUUGCAGUCGGCACACUUCCUGGUGUAGGUUCUGUGUUGAAGGAGAAGCUGGAGAAGCAAAAUAUUCAAACCUGUAGGCAGUUACGUUUGAUAUCCAAGGAUGCUCUUCAAAAGGAUUUUGGGGUGAAAACCGGCGAGAUGCUUUGGAGUUAUAGCAGAGGACUAGACCUUCGGUCUGUUAGGGCGGUGCAGGAGAGCAAGUCCAUAGGGGCUGAAGUGAAUUGGGGCGUAAGGUUUAGAGAUCAGCAAGAUGUUCAGCACUUCCUCCAAUGCCUAUGCAAGGAAGUUUCUCUGCGUCUGCAAGGAUGUGAAAUGAUAGGACGCACUUUUACUCUUAAGAUAAAAAGGAGAAAAAAGGAUGCCGAAGAACCUGCAAAGUAUAUGGGUUGUGGAGACUGUGAUAACUUUAGCCGUUCUAUCACUGUUCCUGCCGCUACUGAUGACGUAGAAGUUCUACAGAGGAUUUCAAAGAAGUUGUUUGGGUCAUUUUGCUUGGAUGUUAAGGAAGUUCGUGGGGUUGGGCUUCAGGUCUCUAAGCUUGAGGGUCCAGAUCCUUCUAAUAAAGGUUCAAAGACUCUGACAUCAUGGCUCAACUCUGCGCCUGCCUCUGUCCAAACAGAAAAAGAUGAUAAUGUCUUUGCUGCAGAAGUUAGAGAAAUCCCAGAUUGUAAGAGGCGUGAUACUGGUGGAGUUUCUAGUCUCCGAGAAUGUAAUUCAGCAGAACCCUCAGUUCAGUCAGAUGAUACAAAUUCGUCCCUGCCGCCCAUGUGUCACCUUGACAUGGAAGUUCUAGAGAACCUUCCUCCAGAGCUCCUUUUGGAAUUAGAUGGAACCUACGGCGGGAAGUUGUUUGAGUUGAUUGAGAAAAAACGAGGCAAAAGAAAAAUCAACAGCGAUUCUUCACACGUCUCCUUGGAUGAACCUCAUGUAGCGCAUCCUCCUAUUGCAAGAGAACCUAAAGAGCGUGGCAUCGAAAUGAAUGAUUUGGUGCCGUUAUCCCUUAGUCAAGUCGACGUCUCUGUGUUACAAGAAUUACCUGAAGAGUUGAGAGCUGAUGUACUGGGAGCAUUUCAUGCCCACCGGAGACAACAGUCAUCGUCAGAUGCUCCCAUGGAGACUGGUAAGAAACAAGAUAAGGAGACAACAUAUAUAAAUGACGCUGAGAAUGAGAUUGGAUUCUCAAGUAGCUCUCUCUGGUUUGGGAAUCCUCCUUUGUGGGUAGAGAAUUUCAAAGUUAGCGGCAAUUCUACUUUGGAGAAAAUGUCAGAGAUAUAUUACAAGGUGGCUCAGUCAAGGCCUAUGUUAUCUACGGUGCUUCAACGUGCUAUUUCAGAAGUCGGGAGUUUUCAUGAUGAAAGUGCCAGUGAUUUGGAGAAAACUGUAUACGAUGUGUGUGAAUUUCUUAAAGAGUACGUUAAGAUCAAGGUAGAAGGUGAUAUUGAGGAGAUAUAUCUCUGCUUCCGCCUUCUGAGAAGAUUAGCUGCAAGGAGCCAACUCUUCCACCAAGUCUGUGAGAUUGUGUCUCCCUUUAUUCAGGCCUUGAGCAGUGAACACUAUGGAGGAAGCUUGAGCAUACCUUGAAAUGUCUUUUUUCCUGGAAGAAACCAUAUGCUUUCAAAUUGCUCUUUGGCUGGAUGCUACUGAAGAAUGCAUACUUGCAGAAGAAUGUGGAUCCUCAAGGGCAUCGUGGUGAAUGCACAUGAAGCAGUUUAAACAGUCAUAUGGAAGUGAUUCAGACCUUAAAGAACAGAGCCACCCCUCUCUUUUUCUGUUGAUAGAAGUGUGUAUAUUCAAGAAACAAACACCCCCAUUGUAUUUAAUAGCACACUUUACAAGUAUAGUGUUGUUCAUGACUUCUUGUCAUGUAAAUUAACUACACUCCUUUGUAUGUAUAUUUGUAGCUUUAUAUAUAAU